GGCUGGUUUAUAAUGGGCACAUGCCUGGCAGGCUGGUUUAUAAUGGGCACAUGCCUGGUAGGCUGGUUUAUAUUGGGUGUUUAAAUUGGGCACAUGCCUGGCAGGCUGGUUUAUAAUGGGCACAUAUGUCUGGUGGCAUUUGAUGGGCACUGUGUUAAUGUUUGCAUAAGGCUGUUCUCUAUGUUUUAUUCUUAGGAGGUGAAUUGAUGAUGUACGUCAGAAGGUUCCUUUAAAUGUGGGUCGAAAUCCAACUUUUCUGAGUGAUUUGUUACGGAAUGACACACAUCACUGAGAAAUUGUUUAACGUUUUUUUUUCUUCCUUUUAGUGAGAUAAUGGAAUGUUUCUGGAUCUCAUCACUUGAAGACUCUCUGCGCAAGGAGUCUGACGCACGUGUGCAGAGAACGAUACAUAUUGUAAAACGAGUUUCAAGAGAGGAUUUUAUGCAAAAUCACUUGACAUGUCUUAAGGAGAAUGGAACUGGCACAUUUGUAGCUAUCAAAAAAAGAGGGGAAAAUCACUUUCAGUGGCAAUGUGAAAGGUCCAAUAAACCAAAAGAUGUGUCAUGGUAGAUAGGGACAUGAAAGAAAUCAAUGCAGUACACACAGUGUUUCCUUAUGCAAAGGUGUUGCUGUGCUGGUUCCAUGUACUUCAGGCGGUACACAGAUGGAUUGUCCGACGUGAUGGAGGAUGCAGUCAGAAUCUGUCUGCAAAAAAUGAAGUGAUUAGGUCUAUGAUUGCCUUAAAACAAUGCAGUACAGCUGCCGAGUUUGAAAAGAUGUCAAAGGAAGUGAUUGUCAAAACAGACAGAGAAACUGGCAGUUCAGUAAUUUCACAGUAUCUACAGGACCAUUGGUUUCGAAAUGCAGACAUGUGGGCCAAUUUUGGAUGGAGAGUUUACCACCAAGACAGUGAAACGAACAACCUUGUUGAGAGGUAUCUGGAAGGUCUUCAUGGUGCUCAGAGGAUUUCUGAUUCCAAAACACAGGAUACUGCAGAAUCUGCAUUACGUAUGAAGAACAAAGGCCUUCAAAAUAAUUUUGUUUACAAAUCAGGUGGCCAUUGCACAGUGCCUUCAGAAGCAGAUAAAGCAAAAUGUUAUGCUGUGGAUUUAAUUAGCAUGAAAUGUGAAUGCGCCGUUUCUGAAAGGGGUAAUUUGUGCAAGCAUAUUGAGUUUGCAAAAAUGAUGUGCAAAGAACAGGGGAUUGAUAUUGAUGGAAUUCGAAAAGAAUUAGCCAGUUCACUAACUGAACAGCAUUGCUAUGAGUGGGAUGGAAAACAUUUAAUUGUACAUUGUGCUGGUAGUUUUGGAGUAGUACAUGUGCAAAACCAACAGUGUACCUGUCUUGCCAAUAGUCUUGGAGAAAUAUGUGUCUGUCUAAGACUUUCUGAGUUAAUUGGUACACAGAACCCUAACCAAGAGGUAACGGACUGCUUUGUGAAUACCACAGCAAAUUGUCAAUCACACAAUAAACAGUUGUGUUUAAAGAAGAUGAUUUCAGACUUAAAGGAGUGGUGUGACAGCAGUGAUUAUAAGGAAUCUCCAGAGUUGAAUGCUGUAGUAAAACGUGCACACCAACUAGCAUUUGGACAGUAUAGCAUGGCCAGCAAUAAAAUAAAAAUUAUAAGGCUGCAUGCUUACAGAAAACGCAUUGAAAGAGCAAGAAGCCAUGCUAUAGACAUGCAUUCAUAUCAGCUCAAAGAACCCCUUAAUCGAGCUUUAUAUACCCAUAGACCUGAUUCCAAAUUCAAAGUCUGUUCCUUUAGAAAAAGAAUAAUUGGUAGCAGAGCAAAGAAUCAGAUACUAAAAUCGAGCUGAACGUGUGCUGUUAUGAGCCCACGCCUUUAUUUUUGAAUUACAGAAUGCACACAAAACUGGACAAAGUACAACUGUUAAGGACAUCAAAGGUCUCUUCAAGUAAGAGUGAAAUAGCUAUUUAUAUGUAUAGUGGCAGCAUGUUAUCAAAAAUAAAAUAUAUGUUGCAUAGUUCUAAUUGCUGAUGAUUGUAUUCUGGCCAAGUUGGUCGAUAUUUGAUAUGGUAUGUCUCCCUUUUCUCUCUUAAUCAGAUUACUUAAAUAACACUUAAAUGUGCAUUAUUGUAACACUUUGUAAAGAAGUUGUAAAAAUAUGAUUUGUAGUAAAUAGAAAGUGCAAUCUUUAAGUAGCGAGUAGUGUAAAAGCAAAUU